CAAUCCAAAACUCGCUCUGAAAACAUUCAAGGCACACUACGAUUCUUCUCUCCAAUUAUCUAACAUGGAUCUAUAUUCUAGGGAAACCGACCAGUUGGUCGACUAUGGAACAUUUGUUGCCGAUCACUCUACUUUCAAGCAACAAAAGCAAAGAAAUGGAGACGAGGAUAAUGACGAUGGAAAUGAUGAUCUGCCAAUUGCUGUAUUUCUAGCACUCGUUGUAGGCGGAAUGUGGAAACCCUCCUCCCAUCCCGAGUUAACAUCGUUAGAAGAUGACCUCGGACGACAGAAACACAACGAGGACGUCAACAGAGAAAGACUUGAGUUACCCGACAUCACGGAAACGAUCACGACGAAAAUGCAGACGGACGUGGAAGACGCAAGCGACAUCGAUUUCAUGGCGUUAAAGUUUGAACCUUCUGGGAAAAAGAAAACUUCUAAACGGGGCUGGUGGAAUGUUCUCCUCGAAUCAGCUUCUCUUCUCUACCUUUCUACCCUGACCAUGCUUCUCGUGGUUGAUGGUGGCACGUAUUUAUACAACUUCUGGGGUGUCUCCAGUGGAAUGCUCUACAUGAUCUCCUACGUCACUUUUACUCUUCCAAUUCUCUUCGGUCCAUUAUAUGCCUUGGUGAUUCGUCUCUCAGCGCUCCUACCAGGUCUUGAUGGAAUGCACAGCUGUCCUCUUGACAUGGCAUAUGUGCUACGGAGAGUCCGUGUCCUACGCUCUCCCAGGAAUCGCCAUCGCUUGAAGCCGUUGUUCAUGUUGAUGUUCAUCAUUUGGCCGUUGGCUCAGGCCAUCUUAAGAGCAAUAUCAGGGAUGGUCAUCCAUCAUAAAUGCCAUCUUGAUUACUUUCUCUUCAGCGACAUUUCCUCGGCAUGGGGACUGGUAGCAUACGGUCUCUUCUGGUAUCUAAUCUACAUCGAGCGCGCGUCGCUUCAUCACGACCUCAAUCGCGUGGUGAACAAUGUACAACGCGCGUCAUUGACAGGAGAUGUUGACGCAGCGCGUUGUGAGAUACGACGCGUACACCGUGACUACCUCAUUCUACGAGAGCUGAUGGGUGUCUUGAUGGCUAUUACCAUGAUAACGACCUCUUGGGGUCUCCUGACGACACUCUCCUGGGACUACGGUAUCUCCGGACAGACCCUCCAAGAUACCUCUGACAGGCAGGCCAAGCUGUUUCUAGACAUAACCAUCUGGUCAGAGAAGAUUAUGUUCAUUGUAUACCCUUGCAUAUCUCUCGGUGGCAUCAAUCUUGAAUACCUAUGGCAGAGGUUCUCCCACGCCCUUGAAAGGAUUCAGUCCUUCCAACACCGCCCUUUCUGGGUGGCUGUUCAGCUACAUACAGCAAACAUCGAUCAUAUUGGAAGUCCAGAGCUCAAAUGGACACUUGUCUUUGCUUUGAUUGGACCCUAUCUGACUCUUCAGUCUUCAUGGUCUAGGAUGAAUGUCGAUCAGAAAGUCGAUUUCUGGAAUGGUCCUUUUCCGAGCAAUUGUUCAGAGAGUUAGACCUUCUCUCUUUCUCUCUGUCUCUGUCCGUUUCUCUUCCUCAUUCUCCACCAGUAUAUGACCUCUUCUGUAUAUUACAACACGUCGUUCAUUAGGAACGCUCAGGAGGCACUAUCGUCCUCAUGAAAUCUUCGAAUAAUUAUAGAAGUGCUUCAAACAACGUUGGUAACGGAUUUGACUAUGUAUACAAUGUGAUACAUAUAACCAAGGAGAACUGUACAUUCUAAGCAAUUUUGUAUAUAGUGAUUAAUUGAUCAUCUCGAUAGCCAAGGUAGAACCUGGUGUUUAUCAAACAUUUUGUAAAUUUUAAAAAUAUCUUAUAGGUGAUUUUUAAUGUUUACAGAAAACAUUGAAUUGAAACGAAUCAGUGACUCACCAAUAUGUUGUUAAAGUGCAUGUACUCAAUUUAGUUCAAUGUAAAUCUAGAAUCAUGUGAAACUUGUUACCUUUUGAAAGUAUUGAAUUUAUAUCUUUCUUCGUCAUGUUAAAGUGAUAGUUGUGUUACCUAGUUGAGAAUAGAAUACUUGUGUACCACCACAAAUAUUAGAUAUUUUGAAAAAUUUGAAAAAAACGUUGAAAAAACUAAAU